AUGGGGCAUGCCCCAAGUGAUAUUCAGUACGUCCCCGUCGUGUGCCCUGGACCCCUUCCUGACCACCGUAACGGAGUGGCAGGUUGGGUGACCGAAUCUGAAUAUCGAAACUUGUGGCUUUCGGAGUACUUUCGCUGCUAUUUGAUCCUUUCCACUUGGUGCGCGGUAACGCAGUGGCCAGUGGGAGGUGACUACUUCGCUGCUCUCCAAAUUAUAAUAUUUUCUGUGUUCGAUCCAUUACUGACUUGGCUGGCCUACUGGACUUUGCUUCUAUAG